AAGUUAGAUGUCUUUUUGCUGGAAAGGGACUAGAACGUCUUCACUCACUGCUGCGGUAGAUUACUUAAUACGAAGUUAGAAGUUGUUUCACAAUCACAGUUAAAUUAAUAUAAUUAUUGAAAAAAAACUUUAAACACCGUGUGGUGUCCGCGCAUAAUGUCACUUUUUAGAAACUUGGUAUGGUUUGCUAAAGGCAUGCGGGAGUAUACAAAGAGUGGUUACCAAUCAGCAAGCAAAAGUUUUAAUUCCCUAGAUCUAGAGGUGCCAUGUAAUGGGAAGGUAUACAUGGUGACAGGAGCAAAUAGUGGUAUUGGAAAAGUUAUUGCACAAGAAGUAGCUAAGAAGGGUGGUACUGUUCACAUGGUGUGUAGGAAUAAGGAGAGGGCAGUGGCAGCAAAACAAGAGAUAAUUGAGAACACUGGCAAUGAGAAUGUUGAAGUCCAUGUUGUUGACAUGUCAGAACCUAAACAAGUGUACAGAUUUGCCAAAGACUUUGUUGAAUCACACGAUGUCCUUAAUGUUUUGGUCAACAAUGCAGGGUGUAUGAUCAAUGAGAGAGAAUUAAAUUCAGAUGGAAUUGAAAAGAAUUUUGCUGUAAACACUUUAAGUGUCCAUAUUUUGACGACAUUGCUUGUUCCCCUUUUGUCUAAAAGUGUGGAACCAAGAGUGGUUACAGUAUCUUCUGGUGGAAUGUUAGUACAGAAACUUAAUGUUAAUGAUCUACAGUUCCAAUCAAUGAUUCCUUUUGACGGCACAAUGGCCUAUGCUCAGAACAAACGUCAGCAGGUAAUCAUGACAGAAAAAUAUGCAGAGAAAUAUCCAGGUGUACAUUUUUCAUGUAUGCAUCCUGGGUGGGCUGAUACACCAGGUGUAAGAACGUCAAUGCCUGCUUUUUUCGAAAGAAUGAAGAACAGACUACGUACAGCAGAGGAAGGAGCUGAUACUGCUGUUUGGCUUGCAGUUUCUCAUGCUGCCUUAAAGCAUGCUAGUGGAAUGUUCUACCAAGAUCGCAAGCCUGUGUCAACGCAUCUUCCUCUUGCCUGGACGAAAGCUUCUGCAGCAGAAGAAGACAUAUUAAUGAAUACUUUGGAUGAAAUGAUGGAACAAUUUAAGUGUUAGAUAGAAAGCUUUUAUCUCUGUAGUGAUAUCCAUUUUCUUUUAACAAUAAUUCAGCAUUACAUUUAAGAUCUUUGUUUUCUGAUACUUGUUAGUUGUGUACUUAAUUGCAUUUUAAACCUGAUAUGUUUUUGAGUAUGAAAGUACAGUUAAUGGGUAGAAGGUUAAACAUCAUGAUAAUUUUUUUAAGUUCAAAAAUGGGUCAGUAAAAUGUCCCUGAUUAUAGUGAAACCAAAAUACUAAACUUUACUGUUACAAAAAAAGUUUUGUUACCAUGUAAGUCUUUAAAUGAUUUUUGUUUGUCAAUUGUUUUUGAUAAAAAUAGGAUCACUACUUGUGAAUAUAUAUAUUUAGAAGAUGAGUUUGUUAUCUGUAAUUAGUUUUCGAACAAAUAAAUUAUAUAUGACUACAUUAUUUGUAAUUAUAACAAGAUGUAAAUAACCACUCCCUGUUACAAAAUACAUUUAAUGUUAUAUAUCUUACUUAAAAUUCGUGAUGAGAUUUUUCUUGUUAAAUACAGUGUUUUUAUAAAUUAAUUUUCAAUACUGAAAUCUUCAGCUUGUAAGUGAUGCAUUUUGUAAUUGAAUUGGAAACUGUUUUUGAUCCAACAUGUAAAAAAAUGAAAAUAACAAGCAACAAGACCUCAACUAAUGAUUAAUACGAUGUACUAUAUUCAAGUCUUGGGACAAGAUAUGUGUAAUUUUAAUUUACAUCAGUGUGUGUGGUAGUUUAUGUAGCUAUAAUCUUGUAGAGCUUUUCUAAUGUAAUACUGUUUCCAGAUUGUAAUUUACCAUAAGAAUGAUAAUAGCUUAGUUUCAAGAUAAAUGUAGUGUUAAUUUUCUUAUCUAAAAGCUUAAUGUGAUAAAUGUUUUCUUGGUUAUUUUGUAGAUCUAAUGUUAUUAAAACCAUAGAGAAAUAUAAUUGUAUUUUGUAAACACUAAACAGUGCUAUCAAUUCUACAAGAUCAUAAUUUUCAAGACGUAAAUUUAUUUUGUGCUUCAGUUUUAGUGCUGAGAACUAAUUUUGUAAGGCAAAUAGUAUAGAAAUUGUUUUCAUCGUACCGUAAAAUAUUAACUAUACAUCAAAACAUUUGUUGAUAUCUAACUGUACUGCCACUAAGAACUGUUUGUCUUGUGCAAUUUGAAAUCUUAUCAGCUAUAUAUGUAUAUGUAUGUAUGUAAUGUGGUGGUCGUUAGAAAGGAAUGUUAAUAAUACAAGUCCGUGCUUUAAAUAUGAAAAUGGUAAGUAUAUUGGAUUUGUAACAUUUUCAGUAUUAAUAUAAGUCUGUGCUUUAAAUAUGAAAAUGGUAGAUAUCACUGCUCUGUUCUGUAAGAUGGAAUUUUAUCUUGAAUAUCAAGCUUGGUACUUGUUAAAGAGACAGGGAAGCCAGGUUUGGAACUUGCAUAAUUUUGUAUAACCUUUUCCAAAUGUUCAACAUCAAAUCAACAGAUAUCUGACUAGGUUACCCUCAAAACAGUGUGCCUUUACUUUUUUCUACUAAUAUUCAUAUUUGUAAUUGUUUACAAGAACUGUUUUAUACUGUACCAAAUUCUUUAAUUUUGUUAACUCAUAUUUCUUUUGACAAGAAUUUGUGAAGGUAAUAUAAUGUGAAUUUGUAAGAUAUCUUUUCAUAAAUGUGAAGUUUAUU